CGCAGUAAAAGGCGCCGUGCUCGAGUCUCGGGCUGAAGCGAUUCCAACCGAGUGUACCGGAGGGCGGGUGCGGCUGCGCGACCCCCCGACGGCCGCUGCGCCUGCGCGACGUGGGACAGCCGCGCCAUGGCGGACGAAGAACUCGAGGCGCUGAGGAAGCAGAGGCUGGCCGAGCUGCAGGCCAAGCAUGGAGAUCCUGGUGAUGCAGCCCAACAGGAAGCAAAACAAAGGGAAGCGGAAAUGAGAAACAGUAUCUUAGCCCAAGUUCUGGAUCAGUCAGCCCGGGCCAGAUUGAGUAACUUAGCACUUGUAAAGCCUGAAAAAACUAAAGCAGUGGAGAACUACCUUAUACAGAUGGCACGAUAUGGACAACUAAGUGGGAAGGUAUCAGAACAAGGUUUAAUAGAAAUACUUGAGAAGGUCAGCCAACAGACAGAAAAGAAGACAACAGUGAAAUUCAACAGAAGAAAAGUAAUGGACUCGGAUGAAGAUGACGACUACUAAGAGGGCGUGCUCAGACGGACGUACGGAGCAGUGUCUAGGACAGUCACCACCUUGUAAAUGUUUACUUUGUUCCCUGUCUAUAUAUGCCUUUUGAGAAAAUAAACUUGUACCUCAAACUCAAACAGUUUGGAUGUUUCAGAACCACAGGCA